UUUUGCAUUACAGUGUGGUCACCAUAUUUGAAGAAAGAUAUAAAGAAAAUUGAAAAGAUACAGCGACAAGCAACCAAACUGGUACCUAGUAUAAGAAUGUUAAGUUAUGUAGAAAGACUGAAAGCAGUGGGCCUUCCAACACCUGAAUACAGAAGAGAUCAUUACGAUAUGAUACAAGCAAACACAAACACUACAAGAUUAAAUAUGAAUAAUGAGGAAUUAGAAAAACAGUAUAGCCCAUCAAAAUGGACACAUAGAUGUUCACCAGAUGAAGUUGUUAAACAACACAUAAUGGCCCUUGCUCAAGGUAGUGAGAAAGCGAAGGCAGAAAUAGAUUGUCAGUUAGAUAGAAUCUAUGGUGAUACAGAAAAACAGAAAAUAGACAUCUUUGGUGCUGAUACAAUUCCUGGGGAUGCUCCUAUAUUUUUAUAUAUACAUGGUGGAUAUUGGCAAGCGUUAGGUCGAGAGAUAUCAAGUUUUAUGGUAGGUCCAAUCUGUAAGUCAGGGGCUGUUGUAGUUGCUAUUGGAUAUGACCUAGCACCAAAAGUGUCCAUGUCAGAAAUAGUCAACCAGUGUAAAAAAGCUGUGUCAUUUGUAUUAAACUUAGCUUCACAUAGAGGUUCCAGUGGAGUUUACAUUGGUGGACAUUCUGCAGGAGGCCACUUGGCAGCUAUGAUGUUAUCUGUUGAUUGGAUGUCUGAAAGUAUGCAGUCUAACUCAAUGAUAAAAGGUGCAUUAUUAGUGAGUGGUAUAUAUGACCUUCAACCUUUAGUAAAUACAUCAGUGAAUGAUCCUCUCAAAAUGACACAGGAAACAGCAUGGGAAAACAGCCCAUUGAAACAUUUAGACACGAUAAAGAAAACUAGUUGUCAUAGGCACAUUAUUGUAGCUGUAGGGCAGCAUGACUCACCAGAGUUCAGACGACAAAGUCAAGAAUUCCAACAAAAAUUAAAAGAUGGUUUAUCAUCCCAAUAUGUUGAUGUUGCUGAUACAGACCAUUUUAAUGUGAUAGAAAAUCUACAGAAUGAUGAUUAUGAAUUAACCAAAGAACUGUUAAAGAUGAUGAAGUUGAAUAUUAAUACUGUUGUUGAUGGUAUGGCCAAGACAUCCUGUAGCUGAGACAAUUAUAGACACACAUCAGAUGUUAUCAGGAUAUGAACAUACAAUUGUUGUUAUAAGUGCCUUAAAUAUUGUUGUUAAUCAUUCCAUUGUUAAUCAGUACUCAAUUUAUUUUACGUUUUAUAUACUUUUGUGUUCAAAACAAUAUUUUUGUCUUUCUUAACAUUUACCCUUUCUAUAAAAGUGCUACAUAUUUGCUACUAUAACUAGACUUUCAUUUUUAUUGCAGUUUUCAAUCCAUUUAUAUUUACCCUAUUGUUAUGUUUGAAGUUUUAUAUUAUACAAAGAAUAUUAUGCAUAAUGGUUGUUUUUCAAGGUUGUAAAGGAUAAUUGUAUUUCACUUCCUAAUAAAGUCUUCCAUUCUAUUGUAUUACAUGUUUAGUUGAAAUUAAGCUUCAUGUGUGACUGUUAUAGCUAAGAUUGACAGACAACUGAUUACAUAAGUUAAUGUUCAAGUUUAUAUAGAUAAAUAUUUGAUAAUUUUUGUUUACAAUAUAACUCAUGUUAUGGAACUAAUACCAGAUAUUUAUAAGAUAUGUAUUACAAAAAUAAGACUUAGCAGUCAUAAUUUGGCUCUAGCAUGUAGCCAUUGCUCUUUAGAUUUGAGAAGAAAGAGAAUGUUAUGUUUGUUCCAUUGAGGAUGAGAUACAUUUCAUUUUAAAAAGUGCUACAAGUUUUUGAUCUUACUUUAUAAAACCUUAUUAUUGGAUAAAUGUUAGUAUUUAUAUAUUCAUAUUUGGUGCAAAAAUAUUAUAAGCAACCCGUUGUAUAUUACACAGUGCUUCUUUACUUGUUUAUGUUGUAUAUUUUUUUUAAUCAUGUAUGCCUUGAUAAUCAUGUUUUUUUACAUUAUUUAUGAAAAUUAUAUUUGGUAUACAAUACAUUGUAUUUUAAAACAACAUCCAGGUUAUUGUUGUGACAGAAAGUGUUAUUGAAGAAAUUCAUCAAACAUAAUGUAGAUGUCAUUAUCUCCUUCAUGUUAAUUAUACAAGAAGGCUCCCAUUUAGAUACUGAACAGAAGGAAAUUCACAAAUGAAAUGAAAGUGACCUACCUUUCAUUUGACUUUGAAUUUCUUAAGAAAAUAAUGCCGAAAAAGUGGUCUAUAAAAACCCUUAGGUAUAAGAAAAAUAUUUCUAUAUUCUGUAAUUCAUUCCUUUUACAGUUCAAAAGUUUUCAUCUUAUUAUACAUGUAGUUAUAUAUUACAAAUCUUUCAUUGAGUAUGAAAUGUUUGAAAAUGCUUAGACAUUCCAUGUAUAUAUAUAAGAUAUAAAUAUGUGUUCAUUUCCAUGUGUAUCUUGUCAAUUGUAUUUUUAAAAGUCCGUAAAACAGCAUUACAUCUAUGACUUUCAUAGAAUGAGUCUAAUAUAUUGGUAACUGGGCAUUUACAAUAAAAAAAAAAUAUUAUAAAUAAUGAAACCUGUUUUACUAAAUUGUUAAUAGUGUAGUUAAAAGUUAGAAAAAACUGAAUAAAUAUAUAAAUAUAUAUAU